AAAUAAUGGGGUUUUCCCCACACAUAUGGAACGUAAACCUCCCCGCCCCUUUAUUAGGCCAAUGUGAAGAGGCGCUUGUAAUUCCUCCCCUUGCUACUCCAAGUUGCAUAUGUGUGGGUUUCCCCAUUUUGUCUGCACAAAGUGGCCACCGGGCUCACUUCAUGGGCCCGGCUUGCCUACCUCCUCGCGAGGCUAAAAACGAAAGUUGUGGCCACUAAAAAAAAAAAAAAAAAAAAGAAUUGAAUUUGAAGGGGGGAUAGUGUUGGUUGUGUUACGUUUAUUUGCUCGCCCUGUCCGCAUCUUGGUGUCAGAUUAUUUCAUCAUCCACAUGUUAAUUUUCUAAGUCCGAAAGCUAACUAGACGAAUCUGGGGUGACAUGAAAGAAAUGGUUGGAGGAUGCUGUGUCUGCUCCGAUGAGAGCGGAUGGGAUGAAAACCCUUUGGUGUACUGUGAUGGUGAUGGGUGUGAUGUAGCUGUGCAUCAAGCCUGCUAUGGAAUUGUCUCUGUGCCAGUUGGACCUUGGUUCUGCAGAAAAUGUGAAUCACAAGAUCGCUCAGCAAUUACACGGUGCGAGCUGUGUCCCGGGAAGGGUGGCGCGCUGAAACAGACCGACUCGGGCGGCUGGGCGCACGUCGUCUGCGCACUCUACAUCCCCGAGGUGCGCUUCGGAGAUGUGGCGACCAUGGAGCCGGUGCUGCUGUCCCACCUGCCGCCUGACAGAUUCGGAAAGCCGUGCUGUCUGUGUGAGGUGGCCGGCCGCACCAGCCGCGCCACCACCGGCGCCACCAUGAGCUGCAACAAGCCCGGCUGCAGACAAAACUUUCACGUGACGUGCGCGCAGAGCCAGGGCCUGCUCUGUGAGGAGCAGGUGCAGAGCAUGAACGUCACCUACUGCGGCUACUGUCCGCACCACUACGCCAAGCUGAAGCGGGGCCACAACCUGAAGCCGAUCCCGGCGUUCAAGGCUAGUCACGACCCGGCCACGCCGGAUACCUCUCCGGAGAAGCAGCCGCCGCCGCCGGGCGGUGACGGACCGCGCGCCGAGCGACGGCACAAGAAGCCCAAACAGUCGCGCUCGCCGCGCGCCGCGGCCGCCUCUCCGCCGGAGGUGGGCGCGGCGCCGGCGGUCGGCGGACCGGGCGCGGCCCCGUUCCCGCAGGCUGUGGUGAAGCUGGAGCCCGUGGGACAGCUGGGGAUGGAUGGAGCCGCGGCUGUGCACUCCUCACUGGCCGGAGGAGGGGAGGUGACACCGGCACGUGCCCUCGGCGGACAGGACGGCGCGCCGGACUCUGUGUCGGCCGACAACAGGGACGGGUCCGGUAUCAAGCAGGAGACUGGUGUGGAGCAGCCGCCGCCGGUGGCGCUGCUGCCGGCCGCCGGUGGCGCCGCCGGUCAGGUGGCUUCUCUGCCGGUGGCCACCAGCACGGCGCUGCCAGCCGCCCAGCAGGCCGCCGAUGUGGACUCGGCGUCACUGAAGCGGCCCGCCGUGCCGGCUGACGGCGACGCCCGCAAACGGAAGGCGACCGGCCGACCCCGGAAAGGCGCGGCCGGCGCCGGGUCCCCGGAGCCCGGCGCGGACGGUACUUGGAACGGAGCGGUGGGGACGGACGCCGCCCAGCCGGCCGGCUCGGCCACGGCGCGCGGCGGCGCUGCGGCGGUGGCCCCGAGCGGCCUGACGGCGCCGCACAUGAUCGGUAACCACCUGAACCCGGCCGCUCCGCUGGGCGACUCGCUGGCGGCGGAGAUGGCCGAGCAGGCCGACUACCUGGAGCCGACAGGGAGGAUGGCAGCAACGCCAGGACAGUGGCGGCCGGACACCGCAGCCGCGCCCUUCCCCCGCUCUCUGACGGAGUUGCUGGAGCGUCAGUGGCAGCAGGGCAGCCACUUCCUGAUGGAACAGUCGCAACACAUGGAUAUCGCGGCCCUGCUCAGCUGCCUCUAUCAGCUGCGGCAGGAAAACGAACAGCUGGAGCAGCACAUGGGCGUGGUGUCGCAGCGUCGCGACCACCUGCUGGCGGUACACGCCCGUCUCUCGGUACCGCUGCAGUGCGCCGCGCCCGGCGUGGUGUCGGCCAGGGCCGCCGCCGUGCGACAGCAGCAGGCCGCCGCCAACGACAUCGAGCUGAACGGCGGACCAGUCGGUCAGCUACGGUCCACGCCGCCCCGUCCGGCACCACUGGCGAACGGUCAGCUGACCGAGGGAGGACAGCCGGCCACCCCUGCCCCCGCCCCCGCCCGAGCGCCGCCGCAGACCAACGGACGAAGCAGCGGGCCAGCCAGCGCUCCUCCGCCGGCGCCGGCCGCUCCCCAGCCGUCACCGGCACACGGUGGGGUCAGCUCGGGCCGGCCCGGGCCCGCCCCGCAGCCGCCUCCGCCCGCCCCCGUCAGCCGCCCGCCGGUGUCCACCUCCGCCCCGCCGCCCGCCAGCCGUCCGCAGCCAGCUGCUAGUCGGCCGCAGCCGCCCGUCAGCCGGCCGCAGACGUCUGCCAGCCGGCCGCAGACGUCUGCCAACGAACACCGUACUGUGGAGGCUCUGCGACUGCGGGUCUCUGCCACGUCUAGCGGCGGUUUUCCGCAGUACCAGUUAGUCUCGCCGCCGUCAGAUGGCAGAUCGGGCUCAGGACGAUCCCGCGCCUCCGACGGAUGAUGCGACGAAUUACCUCCCCGUGAUGAACAACGAAGACUAAACAAUGACGCAGUGAUAAUGGUGGAGCUUCCCUGAUUACGACAUUGCAAUGAAUGCCCCUUUCGGCAUUGGUGCGGAAUGUGGCGUGCUCAGUGAAAUGACUGAUCUGAAGGCUGGUGCUCGGUUGUGGACAUUGACUGGGCCUUGGUGCCUCGCGGGCUGGCAGGCCGGCCGAUCGAAUUGCAUUCAGUGUUGCGUUGCGUUGCGUUGUGUUGCGUUUAGGGCUGUCGGCUGAGUGUUGAUCAGUUCGGCCAGUGUUUGCGUGUUUUGUGGUCAGUUGAUGUGAACGAGAUGUCUGGUAGCUAGUGCGUUCGUGGGGGAUUUGUACUUGAACGAGACUGGCAGUAGUGACGUUUUACUCUUCCGUGUAUGCAUUUCUCCAUUCUUUUCAGCGCUGUGUGACAAAUUAACUCGUAUACGAACUUUUA